AUGGCUCCAUCGCUCAGCUCCAAUCGCAGUUCCAAGCGCUUUUCCACCAUCAGCAGAACUCCAUCUCUUGCCCCUUCAGACAACACCAUUUCCAGCCUGUCCAGCGCAGACCCCCGGAUGGCGGAUAUCAAAGAGUAUUCCGAGGGCAUUGAGCGUUUAGAGAACAAGCCUCUGGCGAAGCAGCGAUUCGUCCCCACGCCGGAGAAGGCAGACAAUCUGAACAAGCUGGCGCUGGGAGCCAAGGUCGAGCGUGCCCUCGGGCGGAGGAUGACCAGCCAGGACGCUGUCAUGCGUCCGAAAGCUUCGUCCUUAAGUGAGAAGAAGGCUCUGGAGAGCGAGACUACGACGACGUCGUGA